CAAUGUGCACCUGGUCCAGGAAGACCUUGUGCACGGGUGUGUGUGUUGAGGGUUGGCGUCCGUGUCCAGAUCUACAGACGCCAAGAAGGAAGUAAUUCCCCAAACCUUAGAUCGCCUCUUCUUCUUCUUCUAAUCUUGCUGUUGGACCCGACGAAGCAAACCCUAGCCUCCUCCUGGAGUAGGCAGCAAUCAUGGCAGACCACCCCAGGCCUCCUCCCUGUGUGUUGCUGGAACGCGUGGUGCGUUUCGUGGAAGCAGCAGGGUUAACCAGCGGUGGCGCCAGCAGAGACCCAGAUGUUGCGGCCAUAAUCGAGGUCGGCGGAUGGAGCUGGAGCACAGUGCAAAUGAUGGGUUCCGUGGAGGAGAUGGAGCGGCUGAUGGCGCCGUCCGUGAAACCCGUCGCCUUCCUCGGCGACCCACCUCAAGUAAGCAGCCUGCACAUGCUGCUGCCGCCGCCGGCGAGCCUGGAUCUGCUUGGGAUCGGCGAGAUCUCCAGCACCCACAAGGGCAUCGUCGUUAUCUACGCCGAUAAAUGCUACCUCCUCUAUGAUGCCUCCAACAACCACCUCACCGCUAUCCCCCCAAUUCCCGAUUCGGUGACCUCUGCCCCCAUCUUCCUUCCCCUCGGUCGCGGCGCUGUCCUCGUCUCUGCCGCCGGCGCCGAUGAUGAUGAUUACAUCUUCGCCGACAUCGUCACCUCCCCCUCCACUAGAGGGAUCAACCCCGCGCUCCCCAAAGCCACCAUCUUCGCGAGGGUGAAGAACGGCGGCGAGUGGAUCCAGUCAUCGAUUCCUCCCCUCCCUCUCCCUCCACAUCUCUGUGGCCCGACCUACUUCUUCCACAUCGACACGGCCUUCUCCUUCGCCGGCACCAUCUUCUGGGUUGAUCUCCUCAAGGGCAUCUUGAUUUGCGACGACAUCUUGUCAUCACCGCAAGGCCCCAGGCUAGCGUUCGUCCCGUUGCCCCACUGCAUCGACGCCCACGACAAACCCCGCCAUUGCUUCAGCCCAAAUGAACACCGUUCCAUCGGCCGCGUCUCUGGUGCCAUCAAGUUCCUCGCCUUGAUCGGCUACUGCGAAGCUUCUUGUCCCGAGAACGAGGUGAAGCUCAAGACAUGGUCACUGUCCCCAGAUUUCAAGCACUGGAAAGAGGAAACCACCUUGACUGUCGGAGACAUCUGGGCGAGCGAGAGCUUCAACCAGAUGGGGUUGCCACAUGUUCUGCCCUUCUCCCCUGUCCUCAGCGUCAACGAAGAUGGCAUCAUGUAUGCCGUUCUGAAUGAUGUCAAGAAGGAACCAAUACCGCGACUCAAUGAGUUCGGGGACAGUCUUGGGAUGCAGCUGGUUCCUAAAGCAAAUUAUAUGAUCCGCUUCGACAUGCUGCAAAACAAGGUCCUGUCCUCCACCAAGAUUUCUAAAAAGGCCACUUCGCGGUGGCUUACAAAUACCUUCCUUGCUACCGACUUCAGUGCAUACCUACAAGACCGCCAGAAUGCUGAAGCAGCAGGCAAGGUUGGAGCAAGCGCCAAGGGCAAGCGUAAGCGGAUGAGCAGCAGGCAAGCUGGUAGGAGCAAGUGCCAAGGGCAAGCGUAAGCGGAUCGAGGAGUGCUGAAUGGAUGAGGGAGAAAUGGGAUGGACGCCGUUUGCCAUCACCGUCAACGACCGUCGCCUGCGCCACCUGCAUCCACGCGUGGAACAACCGGAUCAAGCACAGCGGCAGCAGCAGGACGGCCACCACCGCCGGAGCACCCAACCCGCUGGCCCACCGUCGUCGCCGCGGCUGGAUCGGGAGAUCCCCUGCGCCGGAUCCGCCGCCGCCGCUCUCCCUACCUCCAAGUUUCGCCGCCGCCGAGUCCCCCUUCUCUGGAUCCGCCGCCGCCGCCCUCCCUACCUCCAAGCUUCGCCGCCACUCGAGCCCGCCGCGUCGACAUCACCGCAGCUGCCGCAACCGCUCUCGUCGAGCAUCACGAUGAGCGGCGGGAUGGCGCCGAGCAUCUCGCUCGCGGCGGCAACCGGUGUUAAGGCAAGGGGUCGUGGAGGAGCGCCGGCGGUCGCAGAGGUGGUGGCAGGCGGUCGUGGCGGAGCGCCGGCGGUCACGGAGGAGGCGGCGGGCACGGGCGCGGACGAGCGCCUGCGGUCGCCGAGGAGACGCCGUGUGCUCCGUCCAAGUGGGACGAGCUCGUCCGGCCGAUUUUGCCGGAUGGAUUUGUCCCGGAUCUAGGAGGAAUAUUCCUCUCUAGGGACCAACCCAUCCCACUCGCCCCUCAACCAAACACCUCUAAAAGUGGGUUUGUCCCAUCCCAUCCCAUCCCAUCCCACCAACCAAACACUACCUUAAAUGUGUUUAGGUUAACCAUCAGACCUUAUUUUAGUCACUAUCAGACUUUAUUUUAAUGAUAUCAGCCUAGCAGUUAAAACUGAAUGGUAACCAAUAUAUGAUGUAUGAUCAUCGUGGAUUUAUAUCAUCAUAUGCUAUGUGGCCAAAGGUUUGGUCGUGGUG